AUUAAACAAACAGGAGAUCCUGAAAUCUGUAGCUUGUGCAAAAAGAUCCGUGAGGAGGAAGAGAGAGGGAUGAUGGAGGAGGAAUAAUUGCAAUCAACCACCCACCUCCGUCAUAUUUCGCAAAACCUCUCUCUCUCUCUCUCUCUCUCUCUCUCUCUCUCUCUCUGUCACACACACACACACACACACACACACACACACACACUCACACACACUCGCACACUUGCACACUUGCACACACACUCGGGAUAUGCAUUGGGUGAGGACUGUGUCCCUGGCCAGCAGACUGAAUGGAUCUUGCUACUCUUAGCCGGACAGCUGUGUAAGGGAGCGGGGAGCAGGAGGGAUCCGCAACUGGAGGUUGGAGCCUAGACAAGUUCGAGAGGUUGUAGCCUCCCGUCGCGUGAUAAGAAAUGGCUGUUGGGAACAACACACAGAGAAGCUAUUCCAUUAUCCCCUGUUUCAUCUUUGUCGAGCUCGUCAUCAUGGCUGGGACCGUUCUACUUGCCUACUACUUUGAGUGUACUGACACUUUCCAGGUGCACAUCCAAGGCUUCUUCUGUCAGGAUGGAGACUUGAUGAAGCCUUACCCUGGGACGGAAGAAGAAAGCUUCGUCUCGCCUCUCGUGCUGUACUGCGUGUUGGCUGCAACCCCCACUGCUAUUAUUUUUAUUGGGGAGCUAUCCAUGUACUUCAUAAAGUCUACCAGAGAAACCUUGAUUGCCCAGGAGAAAAUGAUUUUGACUGGAGAGUGCUGUUACCUGAGCCCACUGCUCCGAAGGAUCAUCCGGUUUAUAGGGGUAUUUGCCUUUGGACUUUUUGCUACUGACAUAUUUGUAAAUGCCGGCCAAGUGGUAACCGGGAACCUGGCACCUUACUUCCUCACGGUGUGUAAACCCAACUACACCAGCACAUCCUGCCGAACUCACCAGCAGUUUAUCGAUAACGGGAACAUCUGCACCGGUGACCUAGAAGUCAUUGAAAAGGCCAGGAGAUCCUUUCCUUCCAAACACGCUGCUUUGAGCAUUUACUCAGCUCUGUAUGUUACGAUGUACAUCACAAGCACGAUCAAAACAAAAAGCAGCCGGCUGGCGAAACCCGUCUUGUGCCUGGGUACUCUCUGCACAGCAUUCCUCACAGGCCUGAACAGAGUCUCCGAGUAUCGAAACCACUGCUCGGACGUGAUUGCAGGCUUCAUCCUGGGCACGGCUGUGGCCCUGUUCCUGGGAAUGUGUGUUGUACAUAACUUCAAAGGAACACGUGGCUCUCCUUCUAAACCCAAACCUGAGGAUCCCCGAGAAAUGCCCUUAAUGGCCUUCCCCAGAGUAGAAAGUCCUCUGGAGACCCUGAGUGCACAGAAUCACUCGGCCUCCAUGACUGAAGUCACUUGAGGUGGACGACGGUGCCAGAAGCUGGUUUUUUUUUUAAAAAUUACCCUCCAGUUCAAUACUCCAAGACACACAGUUACUAAAUGUCAAACUGUGAAGACAAGUAUUAUGUUAUGUCUAGUUAGAAGCUGAUGUUUUGUACAUUUUUUUGUAUGAGGAAGUGAUGUAGCUAACCCUGAAUUUUUUUGUCAGCUUUAACAUAUUUAUGCCAGAAUUUUAAAAACCAACAUUUUUUUCCCUUGUUCAAGUGUGCACUGACGAACCACAAAUUGUCGAUGUUGUUUUGUGAUAUUUGUACACAGGCCUACUUUUCUCAGUUUUAUAGACAUUGAAAUAAAUUUCCCCUAACAACUCAUUCUCACCUUCAGUUACUGCUGUUACUGCUGCUUACAGACUAGUUAAGUCUCCACGAGAAGCCGAUCAUGUUUUCUGAGUUUGCAGGGAGGCCUGUGUUAGUUAAUGGGAAACCAAGAAUUAUAAAGAAAAGGAUGUCACAUCAGAAGAUGCACCCCAUUCUGACCCUCUAAUGUACCUGCCCAUCGAUUGGCCUGCCACGUCUGGCAUUCUCCAUGCAGGCCCUGGGCUAUCCCAAGCCCUUUGCUGAGAAUCCUGGAUUCUCCCUCAUACCAUGAGAUUCCUUCUUCGACAGCUCAGAAACUGAGAAAACUUUUCCACGGCAGCAUCUUCGGAGAGGACCCCACCUGUAACACCCUACCAUGUCUCCUGAAUAACCAGCACCAAGCCUCCUCUUCAAUGCCAGUUUUGUAAAUCAUAUUCUAUGGACUUUAUAUGAAAAAAUGAAUAUUUUACAGUUUGCACAGUAUUAUUUUAAAGGGAAGAAAUUAGAUCAUUGACAACAAAUGGAACCUGAGCAACAGCUUCACUUUGUGGCUUUUUAAUUGUUCUAGGAUUUUUCACUCCAUCCCAUUUUUCUAGCAUGGUGAUAACUAAAGUGUCUCCUUUAAGAGGAGUCACUCAUCUGUACCUCUUGGAAUGUUUACCUGACACCUCCAUGUUGGCUCUUAGCUUUUUUUGUACAUAUUUUUUUUCUAAAGAGAUGAAAAAAAAUUAUCC